AUGAGUAACUUUAAACCUACCUCACCAAAAACAUCCCAUAUACCUGAUAGAUCACCUUCUAUCUCCCAUCAGAGUAGUCAUGCAUCUAUUCAUUCCCAUCAUCACCAUUCUAAUUCUUCAUCAAGAAAACCAUCAAUUGUCGAAUUAUUAAGUUCCCCUCCACCUUUACCACAAAAUAAUAACAAUGAUGAUAUUAACAUAUUGAAUUUAUCAAGGAACAAUUCUGUGAGUUCAAGAACUAGUCUUGAAUUAUUUGAAGUUCAAUUAAGUGAAUUGAUUGAAAAGUCCAAAUUGAUUUCUAUUAAUUCUGAUUAUUCUGUUCAAGAAGCAUUUGAAACUUUGAAAAAUCAUAAUUUGACUAGUGUACCUGUUAGUACUACCAAAGACUCUGGUUUGAUCAAUUGUUUAACUUUUGAUUAUAGUGAUUUGAACACUUACUUGUUAUUGAUUAUGAACAAAAUCUCCCUCAAAGAUUUGAAUAGCGAUUUUGAAGGAUUUUCCAAGGAUAACUUUAACAAUUUAGUUACAAAAGCCAAAAAGGGUGAAGAAGUUCCAGUCGAUCUUAUAAUCAAAUUACAUCCAAAGAACCCAUUCAUAAAAAUAAAUGAAAAUGAAUCAUUAUUAACAGUAAUGGAAAUUUUAGGUAAUGGAGUUCAUAGAAUUGCCAUUACCAACAAUGAAAAUGAAAUUGUAGGGAUCUUAUCACAAAGAAGAUUGAUCAGAUUUAUUUGGGAUAAUGCCAGAAGAUUCAACAAUUUAGAAUAUUAUUUCAAUCAAUCAAUUGAAGAUUUAAAGAUAGGUUCAACUAAUCCAAUAACAAUCUAUGAAGAUCAACAAUUGAUUGAAGCUUUAUAUAAGAUGUUUUACGAGAGAAUUUCAUCAUUAGCAGUCAUUGAUCGUAAAGGAUUCUUAAUAGGAAAUAUUUCAAUUGUUGAUGUUCAAAAUAUAACAUCAAGUCAAAAUUCCCAUUUAUUAUUUAAAUCAGUAUUGAACUUUAUAAGCUACAAUUUGAGUCAAAAAGGUAUCGAAGAAGGUAAAGAUCAAUUCCCAAUUUUCCAUGUGAACAAAUCAACCGGAUUAGGUAGAAUCAUUGCUAAAUUAGUUGCAACUCAAUCUCAUAGAUUAUGGAUAGUUGAAAACACUGGCUCAAAUAAUAAUUCCUCUUUUGAUGAUUCCUUGAAUGACUCAGGAAAACCUGGAAAUUUGAUUGGGGUGGUCACGUUAACAGAUAUAAUUGGAUUCUUAGCUUCAAUCAAAUCAAAUGGUAAAAUUGAUCCUCAAUUUGCAAGAAACCAAAGAAGAAGGUCAAGUACAUCAACAAGAAGUUCAAUAGACAACCUGGAAUUCAGAAAAUAA